AUGUCUAAAACAUAUUUUCAAAUAUUUUUCAAUUUAAGUUUUCUAUCAUUUCUAAUCCUAUGCUCAUCAAUUCAUGAAAUGGGAAUAAUACAAAAUGAAGAUGAGUUGAAAUUUACAAUUCUUGAAGAAUUACCUAUCGGUACUGUGAUUGCCUCUGGUACAAAGCUGGGUAAUUUAUUUUUAAGUCUAAGUAAUAACAAUAAUAUUGGUAAAGGACAGAAUUUUACUCAAAAACCAAGAAUAUUAAAUAUUAAAGAUCCUGGUGUACGUUGCUUCGAUUUUAAAUGGCUUACAUUAGAUAAACAAACUGAUCUGGGUGUUAAUGAACUCCAGUUCAUUGUCAGUGACCGGAUUGAUCGUGAGACAAUCUGCCCGCUGAAAUCUCAUGAAAUGAAUAUUAAUCAGCAUCAAUUGAAUAGUUUAAAUUUAAAUAAUCAACAAAAUGAAUAUGCGCUUGAUUCAAACUAUAUGAAUUCAUUAAAUUUUAAUCAUGAUUGUACAGUUACCCUGAGAAUAGCAACGAUUACCGAUAAUACACAGAAAAUUUAUCAAAUUCAUGUCAUUAUAGAAGAUAUUAACGAUAAUCCACCACAAUGGAAUAUUGAUAAGAUCACGGUAUAUUUUCGAGAUGAUGAUCCUCCAGGGACGAAACAGUCUAUCCCAUUGGCUAAAGACAUGGAUAUUGGGAUUAAUGCUAAAAUCAAUUAUCAAUUAUUAAAUUCUGAUUCAAACACAAUGAGUAAUAGUAAUAAUAAUAAUAAUAAUAACAAUAUGCAUUCAUAUAUACUAAAUGAUGUGAACAAUUUGAAAUUACGCGCCACAGACAUGUUUGAAUUAGUUACCGAAAAGGUUGAUAUGAAUCAUUUCGGUGAUGAACGUCUAUUUCUAACUGCAAGGCAUACAUUGGAUCGUGAAGCGAAACCACAAGGUUGGGAUUUAAUCAUAUUAGCUGUAAAUAAUGAAGGUUCAAUCCCGUUGAGUAGUCGUCUGUAUAUCCAUGUAAAUAUUACUGAUGUGAAUGAUAAUAGUCCGAAAUUUACUCAGUCGUUGUAUAAACCUCAACUGCCUAAUCAUAAGGUUGGAUCGAUUCCAGAGAAUUUUCCUGUCGGUAAGACAAUUCUCCGUGUGCAUGCAACAGACGCUGACGAGGGUAAAAAUGCUGAAAUCACAUAUAGUUUUGCACCAGAUUCUACAAACCAGUUGAUACGUCAUUUCUUUGAAAUGACACGUGACGGUGAACUGCGCGUUCUUCGCCCACUGAAUGUUGAUAUUAAAAGUCAACAGCCUGUAAAUACUCCCUAUUUACCAACAACUGUAAUGAGUUUUGAUGUGAUUGCAGUGGAUGGUGCAGGCAUAGCCUAUGCAAAGACUGGACAUACAACAAUACAAAUUGAAGUCGAGAAUAUUGAUGAUGAAGCACCUGAAAUAAGAAUUCAUCCUAUUCAAUCAUUGCAAGACACUUCAGCAAGUUCAAGUAAUAAUCCUCAGUCGCAUGAUACAGAAAUAGCAGUUCUAGAGAAUCAACCAGCUGGACAACUGGUAGCUUUAAUUGAAGUAAAAGAUCCUGAUGUGAUUAUUAGUCAGAGUAUUUCACAAUGUCAACUGACUGGUCCAAAUGCAGUGAAUUUCCGUCUGUCUUAUCAAGAUUCCGCGACUAAUGAAUAUCGAUUGUAUACAGCAACAAAGUUGGAUCGUGAAAAACAAUCUCGAAUAAUGUUAUCCGUUGAAUGUAAAGAUUUAACAGAUCAUAUUACAUCUAGUAAUAUUAUCAUACAUGUCCUUGAUGCCAAUGAUCAUGCACCACAGUGUAUUGAACAAAUGUAUCGAUUUGCAUUAUAUGAAGAUGAUGGAGAACAAGACCAUCUAGAUAUCACUAUGACCAAUCGAAGUUGGUUCACUCCAAAUGGACUUGCAUUUAUCUCAGUGAAGGAUGAAGAUAUUGGAGUCAACGCGGAAAUCACUUACCAACUGUCAGCAGAAUCUGAAGACAAGUUAAAGGGUAGAUUUUCAAUUGAUUCUAAGACUGGUCAACUGUUUGCUUGGGGUCCCUUUGAUCGUGAACAAAUCUCUGUUCAUGAGUUCACGGUGAUUGCUAAAGACGGUGGGAAGCCGACAAAAUUGAGCACCAGUUGUCCAGUAACUGUGAAGAUUUUAGAUAUAAACGAUAAUCCACCGAUGUUUCAUCCACAACUUGGUAUUACUGGUGGUUAUCUGUUUAGUAUACGGGAGAAUCAACUGCCAGGUACUCGUGUUGGACAAAUUGAAGCCUAUGAUCUGGAUAUUCUACCUGCAUCUACAGAUAUUUCUGAUUUAUUUAUUUAUAUGGAUAAACCGAAUUCUUUGCUGAAUUCAAACAGUCAAAGUCUAAAGAAUGAAUUUAAACUAACAGCGAAUAAUAUUGAUAAGAGAUUGACAUAUUCAUUGAAAAAUGAAAGGAACUCUCAAGCUUUUCGUAUUGAUCCAAAAACUGGAGUUAUCAUUACCCGAACUAUCCUGGAUCGUGAAUACCAAUCAACAUAUACAUUUUACGCUUAUGUACACGAUGGACCAGAUCACUCUAGUCAGACGACGAAUACAACUGAUGAGAAGACAAGAAGUCAGUCAAGUGAUGUGAAUAGCAAGUAUUAUAAUCAUCAAAAUAUUAAUGAGUAUCGUUCACACACGGCUUCAGUUAUGGUCACAAUUACUGUACAAGAUGAAAAUGACAAUGAUCCAGUUUUUGUUCGACCAAAUGCAACUAAUCAUAUGAUCCUGUUGAAUCCAACAGCUAUACCUGGCCAGUCUUUAUCACAAUUAUCAGCAAUCGAUCCAGAUGAAGGUUUAAAUGGACAGGUGACUUAUGCUAUAAAGGGUGAAACAGCUGGGACACUAUUCAAUGUCGAUCCACGAACUGGAUUAUUAUAUUUGGAAAGUCAAAUACCUAGACAGUAUAUCACAAAUGGUAGACAUGAAGUAAAUAGUAACAAUAAUAAUAAUAACAAUAAUGAUAAUCAAAUAAGUAAUCUAGCACAAAUUUCAACAUAUCCUACAUUCCUACUAUCGUUGGAUGCAUGUGAUCAAGGUGAACCAAGGCGAUGUACACAUUUCCCAAAUUUACAAAUUCAGAUUCGCAGUUCAUCGAAUAUUAUCGAUGAAUCUCAAUCAAGCGCUUAUGGAUUGUUUGAAUCCUCUUCAAAUCAGCUACAAGACUCAAGUAUAAUUUCACGACAGGGUAGUCUAUCUGCCUCAGCAUCGGCUAGUUUCUUUCCACUGAAUCCGGGUGUAUCAAAUUCCUAUUUAGGAAGAUAUACCUUAGCUGAAAUAUUGAUCAUUGGGUUCUCUGUCUUCUUCUCAAUCUUGAUCCUGAUUAUUUUACUUGCUGUUUUUAUUAUUCGUCGAAGAACUCAACAAUUAUUGCAAAACAAUGAAAGAAUGAAUCCUGAACUGUUUAAACUGAACCAUGAAAACACUGGAGCAAACGCUGAAUUAAAUGGGAAAAGUAAACAGAUGACUCCUCGAAGUAAAAAGUUCUGCAAUUGGAAUACACGUAAACAAAAACUGUCGCCAAAGAAAUCGUUCAAUAAUGCUAAUUUCAAACAAGCAACAUUUCAACAAUUAGACAGUAUGUUAAAAAAUAGCAAUAGUAAUAAUAACAAUAAUAAUAAUAAUUCCAACAUAAUGUUACCAGUCAAUUGUAAUCUACCCAUUAAUCCACAUCAACUUUCAUCUACAUCAUCACCAAGUUCACAAAUGAUGAUCAAUCAACCUGGAUUAAAUUAUCACAUCGAUGUAUCCAACUCAUGUUUCUAUGAUCCAAGUACACAUCAUGCUAUUCAUUAUAGUCCAUAUAGUCCAAUAUUUGUAAAUACUACUAAUGCUGUACCAGUAGUAUCAGAUGAUUACCAAUCAUUGGAUUGUUGGAAUGAUAUAACCACAGGUUAUACAAGUAAAUUUAAACCAUGCAAUAUAUUGAAUCCAACAGAGUUCAAUUUACCACAACAAUUUUAUAUGCGACAAAUAAAACAACCAACAAUUACAACCAGCAGUAACCACAAUAACUCAAAUUUUGAUUUAAUUAACAAUUUAACACAUUGUAAACAAAAAGAGAUUAUUGAUCCUGAUUGGAAAUUCAAUGAUAUGAAAAUGAAUGUUAGUCACAAUAGUCAACAGAAUGCUUCUUUAUUAAGCGAUAUAUCAUCGUCUAGUAAUCCAUUAACAUGUACAGCCAGCAUGAACAUUAGUAGUAGUAUUGCAACAGGACAAGCGAAGACAAUUUCAAAUAGUAAUAAUAAUAACAAAGAAAGUAUACAAGCUUAUGAUGGAUUUUUAAAAUCUAGUUUUGUAUAAAACAAAUGUUUGCCAAGAGACAGAAGAACUUCAACACCAUUGAAAUACCCUUCGCCCAAACCUCCCCCCCC